AUAGUUUGAGAGUGCAAACAGAGAUCUUUUAGGAGCUCAGAUUUGGAAAUAACCAUGGCGUUAUCCAGCAAGGGAUGCUUAUCGUUACUGUUGGUGGUGUUUAUCGCAGCCGGAUCGAUCUCCGAUUGCAUCUCCGCCGCCGCGGCGGAGGAAUCGGAAACCAAAGAGUUUGUAGUGACAUUAGACAACUCCAAUUUCACUGAGUUCGUCGGGAAACACAAAUUCGUCGUCGUCGAAUUUUACGCGCCUUGGUGUGGUCACUGCAAGAAACUUGCCCCAGAGUAUGAGAAAGCUGCUUCUAUUCUAAGUACGAUUGAUCCUUCAGUUGUCUUAGCCAAAAUUGAUGCAAACGAAGAGCAAAAUAAAGUCAUCAGUAGUGAGUUCGAGGUUAAAGGUUUCCCCACAAUUAAAAUACUGAGAUAUGGAGGUAGCGUUGUUCAGGAAUACAAAGGACCACGAGAGGCAGAUGGCAUUGUGACCUAUUUAAAAAAGCAAAGCGGCCCUGCAUCUAAUGAAAUUAAAUCUGGUGAAGAUGCUAGUUCUAUAAUUGACGAUGACAAGAUUCUUGUUGUUGGUGUAUUCCCGGAGUUUUCUGGAGAGAAGUUUGAGAAUUUCACAACCCUGUCUGAGAGAUUGCGCGCCGACUAUGAGUUUGGUCAUACUUUGGAUGCCAAACAUCUUCCUCGUGGGGACUCAUCAGCUGCUGGACCUUUUGUUCGUUUGUUUAAGCCUUUUGAUGAACUCGUUCUAGAUUUCCAGGAUUUUGAUGUCGAUGCUUUAGUGAAAUUUGUUGAAGAAAAUAGCAUCCCUACCGUAACCCUCUUUAACAAGGAUCCAAAGCACCAUCCUUUUGUUAUUAAAUUCUUCAACAGCCCCAACGCCAAGGCAAUGUUGUUCUUAAACUUCAGCAUUGAGCAGUUUGAUUCGUUUAAAUCGAAAUAUCACGAGGUGGCUCAGCUUUACAAGGGCCAAGACUUGAGUUUUCUAAUGGGUGAUAUUGAGGCUAGCCAAGGUGCCUUUCAGUAUUUUGGGCUCAAGGAUGAACAAGUUCCUCUAAUCAUCAUCCAGACUAAUGAUGGAGGGAAAUAUCUCAAACCAAAUGUCGAUCCUGAUCAGAUAUCAUCAUGGGUGAAGGACUUUAAAGAUGGUGCAGUUCAACCAUAUAAGAAGUCCGAGCCCAUUCCCGAAGCUAACAGUGAACCUGUUAAGGUGGUGGUGGCUGACAACCUCCAGGACAUGGUUUUUAACUCUGGCAAAAAUGUUCUCUUGGAAUUAUACGCACCAUGGUGCGGACACUGCAAAAAGCUGGCCCCAAUCUUGGAUGAAGUAGCUCUCUCAUUUGGAAAUGAUGCCGAUGUCCUAAUCGCCAAAAUUGAUGCUACUGCAAAUGAUAUACCACAGGAUACAUUUGAUGUGAAAGGUUAUCCGACGCUAUAUUUCAGGUCAUCAACUGGAAACCUGUUGCAGUACGACGGAGACAGGACUAAGCAAGACAUGAUCGAUUUCAUUCAGAAAAAUCGAGCUACAGUUGCUAAACAAGAGUCCGCAAAUGAUGAACUCUAAGCAAGGCCAAUUAUACGUUCCACUCUUGAAAAAUCAAAUGGCUUAAGUUCGUGGAUUAUUGGAUGUUUUGUUGGCUUAGCUUGAAACCACGGAAAUCGAAACGAUACCUCUUCAGAUGUUUUAAGAUUAUUGCGUAGCUACUGUAGUCUAUAGUGACAGUUUUGUGGCUGUAGUGGAACUUCGUAAUUUAAUUAUGAGUUUACGUAGCUUUCCUUUCAUCGUGCCGAUUCUCAAAA